GCAUCGCUGUGAAUGGACAUUAGCCCCAAACAACUUUUUAUUUCAUUUGUUUAAACCGAAAACGUGAAAUGUUAAUAAAUGUGUGCCGAGUUUGCGGCAGGAGCAGGCUGUGCCCCAAAGCCGUGGAGCUCUUCAAACCUGGCAGACAGGAUAUUCUUCGCCGCAUCCAACUAAUAACCGGAAUUCUCCUUCAGCAGAUUCCCAAUGCUCCGGAUAUGGUGUGCUUUUGCUGCCAGACAGAUCUGCAAUCGGCCAUGAUUUUCCGGAGGCAGUGCAUCCUGCAGCAGAAGAAAUGGGUGCCAUUGCUACAAAGUGAUAAAGUGGGAGCCAGCGAGGAAAAGAAGGUGGAACCCAAUGAUCCCUCAACCAAGAAGAAAACGACCAAGCGGCGAAGGGGGCGACCCAGGAUGCCACUGGAAAUUGUAGAUAUAGUCGUAACGAACGAGAGUAAGGCUUCAGCAGGUGAAUCAGUUGGUGGUGAUGAAUUUGAUCAGCCGGUGGAGAUCUCCAAUGAACCGGAUGCCACCGAUAGCGAUGUUAAUCUGGAGGAAAUAGAUCUUCCGGAUGAGGAUGGCUUGGAGUCGGAUCACGAUUUACCCAAUGUUCAAAUCCACAAGUGCGAUACUUGUGGAAUUAUCAAAAAUAAUAAAUCAUCUCUGGUCAGGCAUCAGUUUGAACAUAAUGGAAUAAGACCAUAUCCCUGCAAGGAGUGCCCAAAGACCUUUCUGGUAGCGAGUGAGCUGAAGGCACACAAUCUCACCCAUCACACCUUGGAGCCCCCGUUCGCCUGUCGCUACUGCGAUCGUCGCUACUUCUCCGUGGUGGGCAGGAAGAAGCACGAGCGGGUCCACACCAACGAGCGACCAUUUGUGUGCGAUCAGUGCGGCAAGGCCUUCACCAGGACCUGCAUUCUGAAGGCCCACAUGGCGGUCCACCAAGUUGUAAGGAAGUAUAGUUGCGAUGUCUGCGAUCGUUCGUUCAGCCUGAAGAAACAUCUCGCUACGCACUUCAUCUCCAAUACCCACAAGCGGAAUGCUGAAGCCGUCACCUCGUCGUCGGAGUACAUGUCCAUGCUCAGUUUUGAAUCGGAUGAAACCUGGUCCCAAGGCACUCCACUGACCACUUCCAUUGACGAGGAUCUGGUGCAGUCGCAAUUCGACCUUUUGUGUCAGGAAGUUUAAUACAUCUCAAGAUGCCAUAUGUUUUAUCAAUAUACCAAAAAAAAAAAAAAAAUUUAGGUAAGAGCUAACCCACAAAGACUUAAUAACAGCUGAAACCACAAAAGACAAUAUCAAAUAUGGGUCUAAAAAUAUUGGUGACAUUUUUGUAAUUCCUUAAAACUCAGCAACAAAGAGACAACUUGGGAACAAAUUUAGCUUUUUUUAGCACGUAGUUUUUAAAAAACACUUUACAGUGGCCAUGUUAUUGCAAAUUUUAGUUUUUGCUAUUUUUUUUUGCGUAAUUUACAUCUGCAUUGCAAUUGCUUCCUUGAAUAUAACAAAAGUGCCUAUAUAGUCUUAUCUUAUACAUACAUACUUUAUUGGGCUAGUUUUAAAAUAAAAUAUAUUCAGACAUGAGGUACAAAAAUGAACAUUGAAUUUAGAAUCAAAUCUUUUUCGAAAUACAUUUUACGAAACAUUUUACGUGGAUUAUUUCGAUUUACCGAAACAGAAAUAUGAAGCUAUAUGUUUUGUUUUCAAAAAUUGAUCCUGCGCAUUAUUAGCAUGCAGGUCGUACUUAUUUCAAGCACCCAUGAAAUGGUUCAGCUUAACGAUUUGACCAAUAUUAUUUACACCUAUUAUUAAGUUUUAAUAUUAUAAGCAGUAUCUGUUUUAUCAGACUGCUCCAGUUGUUAACAGAUC